UAUGUAUGUAUGUAUCUUUCACAGCCUACAGCAGAUUACUGGUGAGGAGCACCAUGCUGGAGCAGGGGGAGGUCAUUACCAUUAAGGCGGAAGUGUCGGAGUCAUGUAUGAAGGAUUGUGAAGUGUGGUGAAACAGCUGUUUCAAGCAUAAACAACGACAAUAAAAGAAUAGAGCUUUGAGUUUUAUGUGACCACCAUGGCCUCUCAUCUUGCAGAUGUGCAAGCCAACCUAAUUCCCACCAAUACAAAGCUGUUCUCAAUGUUGGCACUACUGAACGCCUACGUUCCGGAUUCCUACCUGAUUAUGGAGGAGUGUCAACAGAUCCUUGGACCACCUGAUCCCAUCCAUGGAGGUCCUCCCUUUGAAGAUAGAAUGAAGCCAUUUUCUGACCUCCUCAGAGUAUCCGGUUCAAGGGUUGAUCUGGUUCAUCCAGAUAUUGCUAUGAGAUGCUUGGAGCUUUUUGCUGACCUCCUAAACAUACGCAGAAGUUCGGUGGCAGAUGACUGCAUAUAUCUGCUUUGUGGGGAACAAGCUCAACCUGACACUGUCCAUUUGGUCAAAGAUCUGCUGACAAAGAGAGAAAUGGGUCAGAAGGGCAAGGAGAAGUUUUCAUAUCUAAUUCAAGACAUAAUUACGGAAGAAACUUUUGGUCAAGCUCUUCGCGUAUUAAAAAACGCUUCAAACAAAUUUAAAGACAAGCAUAUUUUUCCACAAACUGUUGCUCGCCUGUAUUACAUAGGAGGAAGUAAACCGAACUUUAAAAAAGCAGAAAUAUGGGCGAAAGAAGCCAUCAAAAGAGCCCAGAACAACUCCUAUGCUGCAGACACCCUCGGACAGGUGUAUAAGAACCAUUUGUUGAAAAAAGCCACACUACCCUACGAGAUAAAAGGAAUAGCUGAAAAGGCAUUUGAGGCUUUCCGAGAUGUUGAGAAUAAGGCUCAGAGAGAAUUAGGCCGUGAGUUGAGUGAAUGGGUUGGUUAUGGCAACUUUUCAGAUGGGUUCAACAACCGAGGCCAUUUUGGUUUCAUUCAAGUAGCCAAGAUAAUCUCUGGGAAAUAUAGACAUCUUCACCCAUUCAAACAGAGCCUUAAAUCAGAAGUUGAGGACAAGUUUGAGUUUUUUGAAUGGUAUCUCAACUACUCCAAACUUGACAAGAUAACCGUGGAGCCAGAUUACUUUUGGAAAGACGUUGCCACUUGCUAUAAAGCAUACACAGGAGAUGACGCAGCUGAUUCAACCAGCUUUCCAGCUCUUGUGGAUUGUCUGAAUCACGGCCUUUUUGUGUCAAAGGAAAGACGAGCAAAGUUCUCGGUGACUGAGAAAACACAGUCGGAUUUGGAGCAAAUCCGGGAUGAAUUAAAGACUGAUUACGAGAACAAUGUAGACGAUGUCCAAGUGGCAGAGAGGUACGUCCUCUCAAACAUCAUCUUGAGCAACAAGGUGCCUGAUUCUCCUCAACAACCCCUGGUUAGAGAACUCCAGCAAAUACUUCAGCGAUUCCUGUCCACUGGGGUGCACGAAAGUGACCCAGAGUUUUAUCUUUUGGUACUGCUGUUGUUUUGGCCAGAGGAAAAUCCUCGGACAGGCGAAGAAAAUGACAACGAAGAGUUAAACACACCAGAAACAGAAGAGGAUCAGCUUCAAGACCAACCAUCGGAGGAAGUAAUCAUAAACAAGGACGAUCCAGGAGAGAACCCAGAACGGCCACCUCUGGGCCUCAUAUUUGAUCCCGACCUGGAACAUUGUGUCACCUUAAUGGAAAAAACCUAUGAUAAUGUCUACGGCAAGUACCUUCGAGGCCGUUAUCUGCUGCCGCUGUUUUUUCUGGGAAAGGGCCGAGGACUGAGCAGAUGGAUCCACAGGUCCAGACUGGAUGCAGUGGUUCAACGCCACGUGGAAACUGAGUCUGAUAAUGAUCCAAGUGAACCGAAUCCAAACAAAACGAAAAGAAAGAAGAUCAAUCACAUGUGGAAGAGUGGGGAUGUGUGGGAGCUGUCAGAAAUUCAAAAUAUGCUUCAACCAAUCCAGAUCGAGACAACGCAAGAAGAAGCUAAAGUGACUGUUUGUGCUGGAGGGAAGAAAAUAACAUCUAGAAUAGACGACAAACCAUUAAAGAGCCCCGUGCGUUUUUAUCUCGGCUUCAACAUCAGGGGUCCUGUUGUCUUCUAUGUAGGAGCGCCAUUAAACGCCUCUGAGUGAAGAUAUCAGCAAAGGUUCCUGUAUAAAGCAGGAACAUGACACUGCUGGUGUUGGGAUUAAAAGCAGCCUUCAGACAUAGUCUUGACAACAUUUUAAUCCACUUCUUGAAAUUUCUGACUGUAAAGGGAUGUUAAAAAUGGAGUGUUUCUGUGCAUCUUUGAACUAACAAUAUCUGAAGCAGGGUCUGCGCAUCUGAAAGACGUCAAACUAGCAGAGGCAGAAAGAGAGCAGCAUUCAAUUUGAUUGUGCAAGCUUCAGGAUGUUGGAUCUUAGUAAUGUGACUAAACAUGUGAAUUACAAUGUAUAUUUUUGUAUGUUAAGUUUUAAGGUACAUAAUUUUAACAACGAUUUCUCUUAGAUCC